AUGGGCCCGCGGCGCCCGAUGACUCCGCCGACGCCCGAGUCGGGGCGGAGCCAGGGCGGCCCGAAGCUCGGCGCUGAGGCGUCGCAAAUCGCCGCGGAGAUCACCCGGGGCCUGGACCGGUUGAGCGCCACGGGCGAGGACUGGGAGGCGCGAUGUGCAGCCAUGGAGAAGAUCGAGAGCGCCGUGGAGGGCGGGGGGCCGGCUGCGGCGCAGGCCCUGGCCACGCUCGUCAAGGCGUUGAAACGCCCGCUUGCAGUGCAGCUACAGGACCGCCGCUCCGCCGUCGCGAAGCAGGCUACCCAGCUCGUCGCGUGCCUCGCGCGGUCCAUGAGCGCGUCGUUCGAGCCGCUGGCGGUGCACCUCCUCCCCGUCCUCUGCAAACUCGCCGUCAUUACCAUCCAGGUGAUCAGCGACAGCGCGGACGCGUGCGCGAGGGAAAUCCUCGCGACCUGCUACAGCGCCCGCCUCGCCCAGGCGGUCUGCGACGCCGUCCAGGGCAAGCACAAGGACCUCAGAGCUGCUGCGGCCAGCUGGCUCACUCUCGUCGUCGACUCCUGGCCGCCACCAGUCCUCGAACGCGCCUCCGACGCCCUCAACGCCGCGCUCCUCUCAGGCUGCCAGGACGCGUCCGCCUCCGUCCGCGAGCACGCCCGCGAAGCCCUGGCGAUCUACGCCGCCGUCUCGCCCGUCUCCACGCGGCCGCUCCUCGCCCAGGUCCUCAAGGUGGACCCACAGCUCCACGCCAAGCUCAAACGGGUGGUGGACGGCACCGCGCACCACAGCAGCGCGCGGUCCGGCGCGAGCCGCAACUCCGGCGGGUCCGGCGCGCCCGCGCCGCCGGCGCGCUCGAACGGCGCGUCGGAGCCCCAGCGGAGGUCGCUGCCGGGCGUCAGCGGCGGCGUGCGGCCGCAGACGGCGCCGCCCGCGCGGCUCCCGGCGGCGCAUAACGGCCGCGCCGCGCCGGCGUUCGAGCGCUCGGACGGCGCGAACGCCCUGAGCGACAGCGCGGGCAGCGGCGACAGCGCGACGUCGUCGGGGGGGAGUCAGCGGCGCACCCCCCGGCUGUUCCAGAUCGCGCAGCCGCGGUCCGCGACGGCGAGCCCCGCGCAGGACCGCCUCGCGGCGCUGCGCGAGAAGCGCCGCCGCAACUCGCGCGCCCCGGACUCGAGCAGCAACACCACCGCGCACUCGCAGCGCGAGACCCCCCCCGCCGCCGCGGCGCAGCCGCCGCAGCAGCCGCCGGGGACGCCGGCGUUCCCGUCGGGCCCGUCGCCGGACGCCGCGACCGAGGACCUCGUGCGCAGCGCGCUCAAGUCGGCGCAGCGCACGCUCGGGCGCCCGCCGCUGUCGUUGGAGGAGAUUGCCAACUCGCCGUCGCCGAUGGACUACUUGAUCACGCCGAACGCGUCGGACGUGACGGCGGACCGCGUCUUCAGCGCGAUGGCGACGAUCAAGGCCGAGGAGGCGCGCGCGGCCGCCGCGACCGCGACGCUCCUCGCGGAGCGGGAGCGCGCCGGCCGGGCGCGCGGGGGGGGGGAGUCCGAGGUCCCCGGGGGGGAGUUUUGCAUCGAGAGCGCGGAGGCCGACGCGGAGGCGUUCCGGCGGCGCGCGGAGCAGGAGCUGCGGCAGCGGGGCGCCGACCGCGGCCUGAGCCCCAGCCUGACAGCGGGGCGCGCCAGUGCGGAGAGCUACGACACGGGGGUGCUGGUGGCAGACCCCCCCGGGACGUCUGCGGCCGCGCGGAUGCGCGCCGAGGGCGCCGCGGGCGUGCUCGCGUCCGACGACGCCCCACAGACCCCCGACGUGUCCACCGCCGCCGCGGCGCUGCGCGCGGGCACGCCCUGGCAGGGCGGUUCGGCGGGCCCGCGGCGCGCGGGGAGCGGCGAGGAGGUCCCGAAGACGACCGGGUUCCUCGAGCCGGAGGAGCGACUCAUGGUGGCGGCCGGGGGCAUUGGCGGCGCGCCGCGCGCGGAGACGGUCGACCGGUCGCCGAUGCCGUACAACGCUCCGAUGGAGCGCGUGACGCCCGGCCACGUGCUGCCCGCGUCCGAGGGGAGCCCGCGGCCCCGCGCCGGCGCCGCGCCGGCGCUCGGCGGCGCGCGGCGCGUCCCGGUGCCCCGGCGCGGGCGCGGAAAGCCGCGGCCAGCCCGGGCCCGAAGCCGCGGCCGCCGACGGCCCCCGCGGGCCAGAGCCGCCGGAAGAACCUCGCCGCGGCCGCGGCGUCGCGGCAGGCCGCGGAGGACAGCCACCGCAGCGCGCGGUCCGAGGUGCACACCGCGAAAGACGCACUGGCCGAGAUAG